UGUAUUGACCCUGAGUCCUGUGUAGAACACUUCGUUACCAUUCAGCCAUCAAUGAACAUAACUUACAAAAUCUAAACUAAAGUGACGCAAGAUCUCAGAAAAUCGUUACUAAAAACUCACAGUGAAGUCAAUACAGUGGACGUUGCCGUAGUGAAACCGGUAUAAAAGUAUUCGAAACAAUCGCCAACAAUUGCUAAAAAUGCUGGAACCGUUAUUUAGCAAGCUUAACGAUUUACGGGUUAUUUUAGCCAGUGGUUCUGAACAACGUGCUAUUUUGUUAAGGAGUACGAAAAUGAAAUUUGAAAUCGUUCCUUCAAACUUUGAGGAAAAUUUAGAUCCGAAAGAACACACGUUUUCGGAUUUUGUAGAAAAAACUGCUUUAGGAAAAGUCAAUGAUGUAUGGGAAAGGUUGAAAAAUGAUCCUGUUAAGCCUGAUAUUGUUAUUGGAACUGACACAAUGGUAGCUUUCAAUGGAAGAAUGUACGGAAAACCUAAAACCAAAGAACAAGCUAUUAAAACAAUUACAGACUUAACCCAAAGUGGCAUACCAAAUGCAGUAUAUAGUGGAGUGGUGGUCAGAUACCACGACGAUAUUCGCAAAUUUACCGAAGUCACCACCGUUUACAUGUCAAAACUCACACCCGAAGACGUGUUGGCAUACGUGGAAACAGGAGAACCAAUGGGUAAAGCAGGUGGGUAUGGCAUUCAGGGCAUCGCAGGCACUUUCGUGGAGAGGAUCGAAGGCGAUGGCAAUAAUGUUAUCGGAUUGCCUUUGUGUCGAUUAUUUCGGCUGCUCAAAGAAAUGCUUUUAAAUAAAUAAUUUUCUGUGUUCGCGAUAUUUAUGAAUAAAGUGUUACAACCCGAGGAA